AUGAAAGACUACUGCGGCUCUCUCGAUUCGAUGACGACCAAAAGAAUCAUGACUAAUCAUAUGGGGGUAAAGGUCGAGGACACUCGAAUAUGUGUGGUUAUGGUUGGUUUGCCCGCACGGGGCAAGUCACUGAUAGCACAGAAAGUCGUUCGAUACCUUGGAUGGCUCUCAAUACCCGCAAAGAACUUCAACGUUGGUACCUACCGCCGAGCAGACACACCUGCACCCAGCGCAGACUUCUUCGACACUUCAAACAAAGAGGGGGAGAAGAUGAGACAAGCAGCAGCAAGAGCAGCGGUGGCAGACAUGGUCAAAUGGUUCAACGAAGGGACCGGUACGGUAGCAGUCCUUGAUGCUACCAACUCCACAAAAGCGAGGCGACGUUGGGUCAAAGAGUGGUGUGAUGAGCACAACAUCGAAACGCUUUUCGUGGAAUCAAAAUGCGACAACGACGAGAUCAUCAUGGCCAACAUCCUUGAAGUGAAAACUACCUCCCCAGACUACAUAGGCCAAGACCCAGAGACAGCAGCGAAAGAUUUCCGCAACCGUAUCCGCAACUACGAGCGCGUUUACCAAACCAUCGACGAAGACGAAAAAGACCUCACCUACGUGAAACUCAUCGACGUCGGCUCCCAAGUAAUCAUCAACAACAUCCAAGAUUACCUGCAGUCCCGGGUAGUCUACUACCUCAUGAACCUCCACAUCCGCCCCCGCAGCAUCUGGCUCUCCCGCCACGGCGAAUCCCAAUACAACCUCGACGGCAAAAUAGGCGGGGACUCGCAACUUUCCGAGCGAGGCGAACUCUACGCGUCCAGACUCCCAGAAUUAGUCGCCAAUUCCGUCGGCGACGACCGCCCCCUCACAAUCUGGACCUCCACCCUCAAGCGCACAAUCGCCACCGCGCGCCACCUCGCCUCCGCGAAAACCCACUACAACAAGCUCGAAUGGAAAGCGCUCGACGAGAUCGAGUCGGGCGUGUGCGACGGGCUGACCUACGCCGAGAUCGCAGAGCAAUACCCCGAGGACUUCCAGGCGCGCGAUGAUGAUAAAUACAACUAUCGCUACAGGGGGGGUGAAUCCUACCGGGACGUCGUGAUUCGGUUGGAGCCUAUCAUCAUGGAGUUAGAGAGGAGCGAGAAUAUCAUCAUCGUGACGCAUCAGGCCGUACUGAGGUGCAUCUAUGCGUACUACAUGAAUGUGCCGCAGGAGCAGAGUCCGUGGAUGGAAGUGCCGUUGCAUACGCUGAUUAAAUUGACUCCGAGGGCGUAUGCGACGGAGGAGACGAGGGUUCCCGCUAUGAUUCCGGCGGUUAGCACGUUUAGGACGAAGGGGAGUACGGCGAAGCAUCAGUAG